AAACCGGUAUUCAUAUGCACCAAAAACCUACAAGACGCUCACAUGUCUCUCAACGAUUUCUACAUGGAGUGGUUGAUGACCAUACGCGAGGUGCGGAAGGUGGAAAACAAUCCGUAUACCCUAGAUCUGGCAACCUCAUUAACAAGACGUCUCACGAAUCUUAAAUGUUCAAUGGCCUUUAAAAUGGCUUUAUAUAUGGAUCCUCGGUUUUCGUACAUAAACUCAACAUUAUUCGCCGCCGAAGAAAAGGAACAGAUACAGCGAUUCAUUGUUCGAACAUGGGAACGAAUAAAACAAUUAAAUGCAGAGAACAACAAUGAAUCUACUGUUCUGUCCAACACGAGUGAUAAAAUUGACGAAAAAGAUGAUUUAAUCACUGAAAUGUUUGGUGGUACUCUGGGUGCUCCAAGCAGUUCGAAUUCCACAUUUCAACAGCAGGUCAAAGCUGUCGAAUUAGAAGAACGCCAACCUACGUCAUACAACGUUUGGGACCACUGGGUUAAACGUAAAACUAGUCACUUUGAACUGUCUGCUGUUGCCGCUGUGGUAAUGUCUAUGCCAGCUACCCAGUCAAUGGUUGAAAGAGCAUUCAGUGCAUUAGCACUCGUUCUUUCACCCCAUCGAUCCACACUAGGUGAUGAUACCCUGAAAAAUAUUCUCCUGAUUAAGCUAAACAGGGAUGUUUAUGAACAAGUUAUGCCUAAGUUGUAUAACUGGAAUGAUGCACUUCCUGAACUAUCAAGCACAUCAUUCGUUAACUAAAAAUUUUGCUU